CCCGCCGGGCCGCCCUGCUCCCCUGCCCCAUGGCCGUGCACGUCUUCUGCAACUCCUGCCUGUGCGAGCCCCGCACCCCCACGCCGCGGUUCUGCCUCACCAGCUGCGGCCACGUUUUCUGUGAGGUUUGCCUGCAGAAAGGCAAAAAAGAUGAAUGUUUGGUCUGCAGGAGGGCUUGUCAUACUGUAGUCCUUUCAAAAGAGACAAGUCCUGAUAUUCAAUCACUGUUCACGCCAAUAGAUGUGUUGAGCAAGAAAUAUUCAAAAGAAAUAUCACAGGUAUCAGAAUUUCAAGAAAAAUAUCGUAAGCGUUUAUUAAAAUGCCACAAAGAAAAGAUAGCUAAGCUGGAAGAGUCUCUCAAGAAAGCAACACAACAAAUUCAACAGAUACAAUGUAUGAAAGCUCCUGAAAAAACUACACUGCUGCCAUUUUCCAGUACCAGCAGAAAUCUAUCCAUUCCUUCAAGAAAACAGAAUGUUUGUUCUUCAUAUUCUCUUCAUUCGAGUCGUCCUUCCACUUCUGAAACGAUGGAGGCAAUGGAAAUUGAUCCUGUACCUUCACCAAUGAGGAAGCUGCAGACACCAACUGGUCCAACAAGGUUAUCAGUAAUAACUCCACCACAGGAUGGACAUAUGGGUAACGUAUCCUACAGGAGUUCUCAGAUAGCUCUGAUAAAGCCAAGUCAGAGUAUUGGAACAGGAUCUACAAGAUCCACCCCUGUGGUGAGAUUGCCACAUAGUUCUUGUCCAUCAUCAUCUGGAUCCCAGAGCAGUCUGAGGGGAUCAUGGGCUAAUUCUGAUUUCAGAACCCCUCAGCUGUAUCCAUUUACAUCACCUUCCCCACAGCUGCCUCUCUCAAGGCAGCCAAUCACCAUCUCUGGACUUCUGCAAAGACAACAAGGAUCAACUAAUUUAGGAGGACGUUCAGCAGAGAGAUGAGCAAACGUCUGUGAAUUGUUUUGGUUAAGAAGCAUCUGGAGAAGCUCUGCAUAGUCUCUGGAUAUCAAAGUAUUUUUGUAACUUCCAUAAUAUGUCAAAUUGGCAUAAACCAGCAAAUUGUUCAGCAUGAAUACUGUAUUUAAAACAUCACUGAUUAUUCUGAUUAACAUCCAUUGAAGUUGUAGAUGAGAGUACAAAAUAUUCCUGUUUUUCGAAGUUCUGGGUUCAAAUAUAUUGUGAAAUAAAAGUCCUUCAUUACCUAA